AAGUGAGCAUAUAAAAUUGUUACAAAUUCAUUUCACAUCCUUUCCGCUGCUGCCGUCUUCGUCUCCUGAGAUAAGAAGAGGACUUCUGUUUUUUUUUUCUUUUCCGGUCGUUAAACAACAAUCAAAGAGAAAGCAUGUCAGGUGAUGAAGCUGCCCCUGCUGUUGUUCCUCCCGUUGCUGAGCCAGCGGCCAUCCCUGAGGACAUGGACGUAAACACUGCAUUGGAGCUGACUCUAAGGAAAGCUCGUGCUCACGGUGGUGUUGUUCGUGGUCUCCAUGAGUGUGCUAAGCUUAUUGAGAAGCGUGUGGCUCAGCUAUGUGUCUUGGCUGAAGACUGCAACCAGCCUGAUUACGUUAAGCUUGUGAAAGCUCUCUGUGCUGAUCACAACAUCAAUUUGCUUACCGUUCCAAGUGCCAAGACCCUCGGAGAAUGGGCUGGACUCUGCAAGAUUGAUUCUGAGGGAAAUGCCAGGAAGGUUGUUGGAUGCUCAUGUCUUGUUGUCAAGGACUACGGCGAGGAGACCACUGCUCUCAAUAUCGUCAAGAAGCAUAUUGAAUCUCAAUAAAUUUCAUGAAGCUUCUCUAAACUCGAAUUUCCAGAUGUUUUUUCAUCCCAAAUGCUGUUUUCUCUUGGUUUUGAUAUUUAAUAUUUUAGCGGACAGCUGUUGAGAUUUGUUUGGAACAUGGUCAAGUUUUGUUGUUAUCCUAGGCUCUGUUCUUCGAAAGGCCAAAUUUGCCUUAGAUUUUAUUUUUACCUCACUUUCUCAUAAAAUAAAAAUGUUUAAAUAA